GGGAAGACAGUGUCCUGAAAAAGCUGCCUUCCCCUAUCCUGAAUGAGCUGCCGGCCGUCUGCCACAACAUUUAGAAGGGAUCAGAUGACCCACCUUCAGACCACAUGAAGAAGAGAGAGGCAGUGGUGGGGCUGAGCUUCACGAUUUUAUCUGUUUCCUUUUUCACAAGAUGGAGAGAAAGAUAAACAGCGAAGGCUUCGACAACACGAGAUUUGACCACAAAUGUAAAAAAAAAAAAAAUGUCCUGCCGACAAGUGAGAUGAACAAGAUGCCUGCUGACUCCUCCACAUUUUCUUACUGUUCAGUAGCCCACUAUGUGGUGCUAUCUCUCCAAUUUCACAAAUCCAUUUCCUCUUUUUUUUUUUUUAAUGAGGCCCUUCCUCAGUCAUUUCUCCUUUUUAUUUCAUUUUGUGCUCCUGGCUCAGUCACCAUGCAGUGUCUCUGCGUUCUUCUCCUCGUCACAAUCUGCCAUGUGAGGACUUCUGCUACGCAGGGCUCACUGGAGAAGCCGCACCUCAGUUUGGACGUGAAGUCCCUGCUAACAGGUGGAAGGCUCACUGCUCACUGUCCAACAAACGUCACUCCUGGUGGAGUAACCUGCAGCCUGUAUGUAGGAAACACCUCUGUGACCUCAGAGACGACGACUGGAGACACGUGUGACUUUGAGGUGUCCAGGAGUCAACUGGACGGAGACCCGGUCACCUUCAAGACAGUACAGCUGAGCUGUGAUUAUCAGCCCAACGGAGGCACAGGGGAUCAACGCUCACCACGCAGUGACCCCAAAGAGCUGCUGCUAUUAGCUCCAUUACAGAAGGCCACCCUACAGGUGACACCGACAUCCAUCACUCUGGAGGAGAAGAUUCAGAUUUCCUGUGAAGUGAAUAAAAACCACACUGGAGUGAAGUGCCAGCUGUAUGACAAUGAGACCAAACUGGAGGACGGGCAGUGCAGGUGGACAAUGACAGGGAGGCAGCUGAUGAAUGGGACUGGGCCUGGAAUGGUGCUGCUGACCUGCGACUACACGCUGGACGUGUGGCAGAAACAACCGGAUAUUAAAGAUCAAUUUGACACACGCAGCAACAGAGUGACAGUGACUGUGACAGACCCUGGGCCGAGUCAGACCACACAGACAGAUUUUACUUCUGCUGGAACUUCAACGGGAAAUGAACCACAAGAUCAGGAGUCAAACAAAACAAGUUCUCUCCCUCUGUACCUCGGUACCGGCUUUGCUGUUCUGGCCUUCUUCAUCCUAGUGGGGACGAUGUUGAUCUGCAACAGGAGAAAACAGAAGUCUAAGAGGUCAUCCUCUAUGGUCAGCACCACUUAUUUUGAUGUUCCUGCUGUAGCAAAAAGGCCUACAGGAGAGAUUCAGACCGUCUAUGUGACUGCCACUAUUUCGGGCGCUGGCAGCGAUGUGGUGAAAUUGAAUCAACUAGAAGGAGAGGAUCCCGAGGGGGCUUAUGCUACGAUCGACAGCCUGGAAAUAGUGGAGCCCACCAAGUGAUUAAUACAGGACUGGGUGCAGCUCUUGGCUUGGUUACCCUGUGCGUGGGUGGUCCCCCUGUUUUGCAACUGCCAACCUUAAAUGAGUGUGAAUGUGUGUGUGUGUGUGUGCCAUGUGAUGGUGGCCUGGCACUCCAUCCAGAGUGGGUUGCUGCCAGGAUAGGCUUCAGCACCCUACAGCCCUAAAAUUAGGUUCAAGAUUUUCAAGAGAUUGCCUUCUUCAGUUCUGUGGUCAACCAGAGCCAGUCCUGGACAUGAGGACAUAUCAGGCACCACAAGGCACACUUGGUGCAACCAAAGGCCACGUCACAAUUGACAAUUGACAGUCGGAAGCAGUUGGUGACCCACUCCCGUUAAUACAAUACAAUUUAUUUUUUGUAUAGCCCAAAAUCACACAAGAAGUGCCGCAAUGGGCUUUA